UUCAGGGGCUGUUCGCUCGCAGCCGGAGACGCUGCUUUUUUUUUCCGGGUUCGGAGCCGUUCCGGAUGCUCUAGGCUGCCGGAUGUCUGAUCUCCGGAUAACUGAGGCGUUUCUGUACAUGGAUUAUCUGUGUUUUAGAGCACUCUGCUGCAAGGGACCACCACCUGCACGCCCAGAGUAUGACCUGGUCUGCAUAGGCCUCACGGGCUCUGGCAAGACCAGCCUGCUGUCCAAGCUCUGCAGUGAAAGCCCCGACAGCGUCGUGUCGACCACAGGUUUUAGUAUAAAAGCAGUGCCAUUCCAGAAUGCCAUCUUGAAUGUAAAAGAACUUGGAGGGGCUGAUAAUAUCCGGAAAUACUGGAGCCGCUACUACCAAGGAUCUCAAGGGGUAAUAUUUGUAUUAGACAGUGCCUCUUCGGAAGAUGAUUUAGAGACUGCUAGAAAUGAACUGCACUCAGCUCUUCAGCACCCACAGUUAUGCACUUUACCGUUUUUAAUAUUGGCCAAUCAUCAAGACAAGCCAGCCGCUCGAUCAGUACAAGAGGUCAAAAAAUAUUUUGAACUUGAACCACUUGCACGCGGAAAACGCUGGAUUCUGCAGCCCUGCUCGCUGGAUGACAUGGAUGCACUGAAAGACAGCUUCUCUCAGCUGAUAAAUUUGUUAGAAGAAAAAGACCACGAAGCUGUAAGAAUGUGAAAUUUGGCGAAGAAAAUGGGUUCCCACAAGGCCCUGAACCUAUCAUGUUAGUUUCUCCGUUUAAUUUUAUUUUGGUAUCAAGACUGUAAUGGCUUCAGUAUCUGUUUUCUUCCAGUUAUCUCAGACUCUCAUCUCUCUAUUAAAGUGAAUAUUCUGUAAAUCAGGUGAAUUAUCAUCGGCAUUACCGUCAAGUAUACACUACUGAGAGAGAAUUUAUUCUCUGUUUACCACUAAUUAUCUUCACCGCAUGUCUCUUCCUUCUGUUGUUCUAAGCGUCUCUUCUCUACUGUGUGCUAAAAUGGAUGGAAUUCGUGGUUCACAGAAAUCACAUCCCUUAUGGAGGACUCAGGGAGACUGAGAACCUCGGCUCAUUCACCCUGGGUUUGGGGUGGAGUACUGUGUGACUAGGGCUCCCCCAUAAUAUGUGUAUCAUUUUCAAGAUCUCUCGGGGGUUUUAUUUUAUCUUAUUUGUAAGUUUUCUGUAUACUGGCCUUACAGCGUAUGGGAGAAAAAUGAGCACCAAAAACUUCAAUUAAUCACCUUAUCAGAAAGGAGUAUCCUGCCAUAGUAAAAUUGACUUCGAAGAAUUUAGACAAGUUGCCUACUCUUUUUUUUUUUUUUAAUUACAUCUGAAGUCUCCCUCAAUCCCCUCUUUUAAGAGCAAAGACAUUGUUUCUGUUUUCAAGAAGAGUUAGAGGAGAUUUAGGCACAAUGCAUGCAUCACUGAUUACUAUUCCAUCAAGUCCUCAAAUAUUUUUUUAGUGGAAAAAUUACCCAAUGUAAAGUCGAGCUGCAGUGUAACAUGUUUCUAAAAAUCUUUUUCUAAAAAUCUUAUGUCUGAUUGAAAUAGAGAAAAUAAUUUUUAAAGUAGAGAAAAAAUUUUUUAAACAGCCAAAUGAAAUAUAGUUUAUACUGGCUAGGGCUUAAGCUGGUGUGGAUUUGACAAAGAUAAUAAAGGCAGAAUCAUCUGUGUAUUCAUUCAGUAAGUGCUAAUGUCGUUGAAUGGAGUCUGUUAAUGCCCCAUCCAAUAAUUAAAGGUCUAUCAGUAUUUCUCUUAUAAACCUCUAUUUUCAGGGGUUUCAGUAUGCCCUUAAAAGUGUGCUGGGGCUGCAGCAAAUAAAUAAUUUUAGGGCCUAGAUUCAGUCUUUGGAACUAAUUUUUUUUCAUUUAGUUUAAAUGAUAAAAUUAUACAGAUAAAUGUACAGGUUUACUAAGUUUUGGCACCUUUGACCUUUUCUAAAUCAGGAAUAAUCUAUGGAUAUUGAGGUUAAUGGAUGAGAUACUCUUUGGCACAUUUUGUAGAUUUUGGGCCACAUAAAAUACCAAGUGGCCAAAUGAUAGAAGACUGCUCCCUUCACCUGAGCAAUAAAAACACGUUUGCAAUUUUUAGGUAGCAUUGACUGAUUCCCAAAUACCACACUCACACUGUAUUACAGGGUGAUGUAAUACCUUGUAAUUCUCCAGAAGUUAUAUGUCAUUCAAAUUUUGCUUUUGUGGUUUGAUCUUGUAGGUGGAUUUUAAUGAAAUCAUUACCUUUGAAACAGCGAACACUUCUUUUAAGCUUUUUUUUUUUAAUGGAGUGGAUCAAAAAAGAUUCAUAUUCAGAUUUUAUCUACGGCAUCCUUGAAUAUUAUCAACCUUAUAUAAUCCGUGAGCAGCACAAAACUUUUACUCCGAUGACCACUUACAAAAGUCCUGCUUUUAUUUCGUCCUGUUGUGCUCGUCUUCUAUGAAAAAUAAAUGAUUAUUAGGCAUUGCUUUCUCUGCAAGUUCAUUAAAUGUAGAAUGUUAUCUUUUUAAGAUACCGUGGCUGAGUGCUCCUAAGCCAUCUGUUAAAUGACUUCCCGUUGUCUGCGUGUGUGUUCAUGUGUGCUCCAGGGAUGGGCUUCUUCUCAGACCCACGACUGUCUGCAGUGUCUCAGCCGUCAGAAUGAAAACAUUAUCAAUCAGUACCCAACAACAGCUGUUUUUGACAAGUUUCUGUCUGACGCCUAAUGCUUUACAACUGUCAAUAAGGCUCCUUCUUUGUCUAGCAGUUCAGAGCUCACAGUCUUGCUGCUUCCGUGCGGCAUCCUGUCCUUGUAACCCUAGAAUUUGCCGUGUUUGGGAAAUCCAC